CCGUUUCUUGAGAAUCCGGAGAGGAAGGAACUCGAUAGUUAUAAUACCAUUGCCGAUGCCGCUUACGUCAUUUACCGCCAAUGCCUUCGACUUGACGUUAGGUUCGAUUUCGUGGUCUACAUACGGCUAGGUGUAUCUCAAGGAUAAUUGGAAUGUUAUUGCUCGGGGGGAUGAUCCGGUUUCUAGUGUAGUACGUCAACAUUUGUCUACCAAUAUAAAGUGCAGAAACUACAAGAAUCAAGGACAAACUGCACCGUUGGUGGGAGGCAGUUUGCUCGCGGCUCGUUGAUGUCCCGUCCCGUCUUUCUGACCUCAUCGGCAUGCCUUCCCCUGUCAAACAGCCCAUAAAUGAACGAGUGACGACCACAUCCUAGACCAUCGUUUUCUGCCCCAUCUACUUCCAACCUCACGACACAACCUACCGGCACAAAUCCUCCAUUACCAGCACAACACUCUCAAAUCUGCCCUCAUCCCCUUUUCCAAAUCAUCCCUCACAAUGCUCAACCCCCUCCUCAUCUCUCACACCCUCUUAGCAACCACAAUCCUCCAACUCCUCCCUAUUUCCGUAGCCGCCAUCCCAACCGUUCCCAAAUCAACCACCAACCGAGCUCCUUUCAACUCUGCGAACGAAGGCCCGAUCCACGACUACACCAUCGAACCCAUAACCUUCCAAAUCCCAACCUCCCCCUCCCUCAACAGUCCGACCAUAAACGUCACCGGCACAAUCCAACAAGCCAUCCAGGCCGCCGAGAAAGUCAAUCCGGCAUGGCGCUCCGAUUUCGCACAGGCCACCAUCCAGAAAUUCAAGUCCCAGAAUCUACUAGCAGCAGUGGAAGUCGACCACUGGGACUGCUCGACCGGUGCCCCCACGGGGUACAACGACGUCUCGGAGAGUCUCUGGGCUGUGGCCUUGACUAAGGGAAAACCGAGUUUGGGACCGGGAAGGUGUGGACGGGGCCUCGCUAGGAAGGAACUCGACAGUUAUGGAACCAUUACGAACGCUGCGUAUGAGAUUUUGGAUAAUUGUCCUGUUAGUGAUGAGGCCCUGGGACCGAAGAGGUUGAUUCAUGGACAGGUGUAUUUGGUGGGGGAGUGGCAUGUUGUUAUUGGGGGUGAUGAGUGUUAG